AUGACCUCCGGCGACAAGUCGACGUCCCCUACAUCCGAUGACCUCUACGACCCCUCCAAACUCCCCGACUACGACACCGAGUUUAUCAGUCCGGAUGACCUUCGUCGCUUCGAACAGGCUCUGAACGCGCCUGAAGCGGAGCCUCUUGUUGCUAUUAACGAUUGGCGCCCCAUUCGCCAACGCGUCCGGAAACCUCGGGGCAGUCGCCGAAAAAGGACUAAGGAUGAGACGAGAGAAGGCAUCCUGUAUACGGUCCUCAAAUACCCGUUUCUCGCAAUCGUUUUUGGAUGGAUCGCCGUUCUCAGUGUCGCCUAUAUACUCACUCGCCUUUAUAUCUACCUAUAUGAGCACUUUGUCACAUGGACAGGCCAGCGGGAGAGAUUACGACGAGCAUUGCAUGCAACCCAUAACUAUGCCGACUGGCUGAGGGCUGCCAGAGCCCUGGACGCAUAUCUCGGCACCGAGCAAUGGAAGGAGAAGGACGAAUACGCGUAUUACGACUACUUGACGGUGAAUAAAGUUUUGACACAGCUCAGGAAGCUGAGAAAACUUGCGGAGAAGGAAGCACAAGAUGGUGUGACCAGCUCCGGUGGCGAUACCCCGGCCAUGGAGGAGCUCCGUUCGCUGUUGGAAGCCUGUGUUAAAAACAACUUUGCCGGAGUGGAAAAUCCGCGACUCUACAGCGAAACAUAUUCGGGGACCAAACAUCUAGUGCAGGAGUAUAUCAAUGAGGUGCAUGCUUCUUUACAGUUGGUCUUGAACAGCAGGCACCUGUCGAAAGAAGUCAAGUACCGUCACUUCAGACACCUGGACACCAACCUUGGACGUACGGCGCUUUGUCUAUCCGGGGGAGCGACAUUCGCCUACUACCAUUUCGGAGUCGUGAAGGCCCUCCUGAACAACGGAGUGCUCCCAGAGAUUAUCACGGGCACGUCAGGCGGGGCUUUGGUCGCCGCGCUGGUUGCGACAAGGACCGAUGAUGAGUUGAAACAACUACUCGUACCCGCCCUGGCGCACAAGAUUAAAGCCUGCCAUGAGGGCUUCACGACCUGGAUACAGCGCUGGUGGCGGACAGGAGCCCGGUUUGACACCAUGGACUGGGCUCAACAAUGCAGCUGGUUCACCAGGGGCUCCACCACCUUCCGUGAAGCGUUCGAACGCACAGGGAGAAUCCUCAAUGUUUCCUGCGUGCCUUCCGAUCCGUACUCCCCGACGAUCCUCGCGAAUUAUUUGACGUCUCCUGACUGCGUGAUCUGGAGCGCCGUCCUCGCUUCUGCUGCUGUCCCGGGCAUCUUGAACCCGGUGGUGCUAAUGAAAAAGAAUCGCGAUGGCACGUUAUCGCCCUACUCGUUUGGGAACAAGUGGAAAGAUGGCAGUUUACGAACCGACAUACCGGUGCAGGCGUUGAAUUUACAUUUUAACGUCAACUUCACCAUUGUAUCUCAGGUGAAUCCUCACAUCAAUCUCUUCUUCUUCAGCUCCCGAGGAACAGUGGGCCGACCGGUGACGCAUCGUAAGGGCCGGGGAUGGCGCGGUGGAUUCCUUGGGUCGGCGGUGGAACAGUAUAUAAAGCUCGAUUUGAAUAAGUGGCUUCGAGUGCUGCGGCAUCUGGAGCUGCUGCCACGGCCGCUGGGCCAGGACUGGAGUCAGAUUUGGCUGCAGCAUUUCAGCGGCACAAUCACGAUCUGGCCCAAGAGUAUUCCUUCGGAUUAUUGGAACAUUCUUUCCGACCCCAGCCCGCAGCGGUUGGCACGAAUGAUUCACGUAGGCCAGCAGAGCACCUUUCCCAAAAUCCAGUUCAUCCGGAACCGGAUGAAGAUCGAGAGUUGCAUCAUGGAGGGCCUGCUUCGCAAUUCGACGACGCGCAGUCGAGAGCCGUCGCCGCUGCUCUCACGACGAGUGGAUGUCGGUGACAAAGAACCGUCCGACCAUGUUCCACCUUUCCCCAGGGAGGAACGACUCGACGAGAAUCUACCGGGACGCCGGACUCCGCCUGGCCGCGAGUUUGGCGACCGAUAUCUCGACGUGCCGGACGCUCCUGCACCGCGACAUGAACAGAGACGGCCCAGCGUCAUUGAAGAGAUGCGACGGCAGUCGGCAGUCUUCUUCGACGACUCGGACGUGUACGGCGAAGAGGCCAACAACUACUCGAGUGACGAGGGGAGUCUCAUUGCGGGGGAGAACAGCGGAACGAGAGUGACCUAA